CUUGUUGUGGAGAUCAAAACACACACAUCUCAUCUUCAGAAUACACACAAAUCUCAUCUUCAGUUUAUGGUUAGCUAACCAAAGAAGGAACCCCUCCAGCAGCUUCUAGCAUGGUCGUCAACAACAACCAGGAUAACAUAAACAACAGGAGGUCACAGAUGGAGGAUGAAUUCAUGUUAUUUGUCUUCCCUACCAUGGAAGAAGGAAGGGAGAAAAAACCAAUGCAUACAUCUAGUCUUACAGGAGCUGCUUAUGUCCAGGAAAUCUUAAAUGGGCAUGAAAGCUUAUGCAGAAGGCAUUUCAGAAUGGAGGCUUACAUCUUUCAUGCUCUAGUUGAGAAGCUGCGUGAGAAUGAAAUACUUGAAGAUUCUACAAUAGUCUCCUUGGAAGAAAAGGUUGCCAUAUUUUUAUAUGCAAUUGCAAAAAAUGCUAGUAAUGAAACCUUGCAGGAUAGGUUCCAGCACAGUGGGCAAACCAUCAGUCGACACUUUGGAGAUGUACUAGAGGCAAUUACAAAGCUUGCAAGCAUCUAUAUACGCCCACCUUCUCUUCGACCACAUCCAGUCUUGAGGAGAUCACAUUUCCAUCCCUACUUCAAUGAUUGCAUUGGUGCUAUUGAUGGUACACAUAUUCCAAUGACUAUCUCACCACAUGAACAAGAGCCAUAUCGAAACAGAAAGCAAACAAUCACACAAAAUGUUAUGGUUGCAUGUGACUUUGAUUUGAGAUGCGGGCUAUGCAAACACACCACAGUUUCUUGCCCCAUACCGUGGAACUAGAUACCAUUUGCAAGAACAAG